AUGAACCAAUCAUCAUCAAAAACCCACAACCAAAAAUGCCCAUCUGCAGCAUUACCAGAACAACCCACCAAGACUCGAAGGAGAAAGAAACAGCAGCAUCAUCAGCCAAGUUUUAGAAGAAACCCACUUCAAGAUCUCAACAAUGGUGGCAUUGACACCACCAGCAUUGACAAUAGCAGCAAUGCUUCUUCUUUAUCCUCCAUUGAAGCUCCUAGGGGCUGUCUCAGGUUCCUUCUCUCUCACUCUUCUUCCUCUUCCAGUUCUGCAAAAACCCCUUUUAGUAGUAGUACUAGUAAUAAUCAAAGACUGACAAAAGUAAAGCCCUCGAGAACUCCUAAGUCAGCUCCUAGUAUGAGACCCACGAAGGAGAAACCCAUUUCAAAAAAGGUGGAGAAGGAGAAGAGAAACCACCCGCCAUGUCUAUACCAGUGGCAAUCUGGUAAAAAACGCGCUUCCUCUAGGAAUGAAGUUGGUGGUUCUAAAGUCUCUUCCUUUUUGGAGUCAAGUAGCAGUCUUGUGAAAAAUAAGCUGAAAUCUGGGCCUGGAGAGUUAAAAAGGGUGAUGAUCGAUGGAGUUUGUGAGGGUAGUGGAGCCAAUUUGACUCCUUUGUGUAAAGUGGGAAGCGGGUCUGGUUUGAACUUAGGAGUUGGUGGUAAGGUUAUGAAUGAUGAUUGUUAUGAGAAAUCAUCAAACGGUAAAGCUGAGUCAAACUCGACAAGUAGCAAUACCAAGACCCCUCCAGUUCAGCCCUCAGUAUCACCAGAGAUACAAUGUGGGUCAUCUAUGAAGUUGAUGACAGUGGAAACGCUUACUCCUGCUACUUGUUAUGGUGCUGGUCAUGUUGUGUCUGGGGUUACUGACAAGAGGAAAUGUAGGCCUAGAGGGAUACUCGCAGGAGGAGAAGCUAAAGCUCUUGGUAGUUUUGAUAGCGAUGAUGAUAUUGAACAAGCGAAUGAUGUAGGGCUUAUCGAAAAUUCUGAUGUUUCUAUGUUGCCUUUGCCUAUUGACGCUUCAAUGCAUUGGCUUUUAUCACCUUGUGAUGAGAAGGAUGAGGGUCAGAAGGAGAAUUCUCGGAACGGGUCACGCCGUUUUAGGAGAUUGGAGGAGCGUGCCAUACACAACUCUCCUGCUUCACCUUCAUCUGGCUAUGGUGGUUUUUCACCGGAGUUGUGCAAUACCAGUGCGAACAGGAGUAUUUCUACUAUUAGUGCUGGGAGGAGGAGUGCUUCUUUGCUUUCUCCCAGUGCGCUCCCUGUCCCUCAGUUUCAAGGAUUUCUGGGAACUCCUUUAUGCGAUAACUUUCCCGUUUCAUCUUUAGAAGAAGAGACGGAGAAUCGACAUUGCACUGAUGCAGAGAAUUCUCCAUUCUCCAUAGGCUCGUUGGGUAGUGGAAAUAUAAUUCAAACUCCCCAAUCUGAUACUAGCUGUGAUAGACGAGUCGGUAACUUUGAUUCUGAUCUCAAUUCAGUGGCUGGGCAGCUUCAGAUGACUAGUUUAUCUCCCAUGAGCCAUGCGUCAGUAUGGGAUCCAACCAAUUCAAGUUUCCGGUUUGAUUCUCUGACCAUGCCUUCCAAUUCAGUCGAUCUUUCCAAGUUUCACAAAAUUUUGGAAGAACGGAAUUCUUGGUUUUCUAAUUCUACAGCCGAGAAUGUAUCACAAUCUCAGAUGAGAAUAUCUUGGAGGGAAGGGUUGGUGAGUCGUAUGUUUGAGAUGGAUGAGUUUGAUUGUUGUAGAUACUUGUCUGAUGAAGAGGAUGAUGGCAAUGUCCGCAAUACUGAUUGCUUAAAAUCUCAUAAGAGUCCUCAGCUCAACGUUGAGGCCGCAACGGAUCGCAUUUCAAUUAAUGGUAUUGGGUCUACUGAAUUUGUAAAGACGGAACAGGAUACAGGUGGCAAAACCAAGGAUGGCCUCCCUUCUCAACCACCAUGUUCGUGUGCAGAGUCCAUAAGCACCGAUGGAGGUGGUCUUGUUCGUUCAGAUGAUUCAGAUUGGACCCUAUGCUACAAGAACCAUUUGUUUCAAGCAUAA